CAAGAGAACCAUUAACCUUAAAGACGGGUAAAUGAAAAAUCCAAAGAAACGACGUGGAGUCGUUAAUAACCACCGGCUCAACAUCUCUCGAGUUUGGAUGCUGUAUCUCCAUAGCAGCAAGCAAAGCUCAAAGCUCAAAGCUCAAAGCUCAAAGCUCAAAGCCCCAACAAUCAACAGCCAUGGCGCCCAACCAGCUAGUAAUGUAGAGCACUGUUCAAUUCUUGAAGAUGGAAUUGGUUUAUCUUUUAGGCUCCAUUAUCUCAAACACUGCUACUUCCAUUCUUCUCUCACUGCUCCUCCUUCUCCGCGUUCUCCUUCGCCGCCUUUUCUCUUCUCUUUCCUCCGACUAUGGCGAUGGAAUCACUCUCUAUGAAGGCGUCGUUUGGCACGAACGACGUCGUCCAGUUCAUCAUUCUUUCGAAUACAAAGUCCGCUAUGCCCUAAUUGAUCUUGAUCGUUCUCCUCAAUUUCCAUCUUCUAAUCAUCUAUCUGCUCAUCAAGCUCGCACCGUUGCUGCUACUACUGGACCUGUUUUUCUCUUGACGAUUCCGCCUAGUGUGGGUUAUGAACAAAAUCCUUUGAGUGUAUACUAUUGUUACGAUGAUAAUGACCAAGAUUCCUCUAAUGGCAGUUUGAGAAAGUGUAUUUCUGAGGUUACUAAUACACCAUGGGGUGAAAGAGUUACUUUUGUUUUUAAUCCAAACUCCGACACAGUGGCAAAAUCAUUGCAUGUUAGUCCAUUCAUGGACAUGCAAGGGACCUGGAAAAUGAAGGCGACUGCACCAGGAAAUGAAUUAUCAGUUGUUAUUUCAGUUGAGCAUCCAAAUUUCGGUAAUUUUUUCUGUGCUACAUUAAGAGCCCAAAGAGUUCCUUCUAUGAAGGUCCCCGAUCAUAAGUUGUUCUUUUGGUUGAUGCCUCACAAAGUUGCAGUGUGGAUAUAUUGGCAUGCCCUCAAACUUUGGUGGAAAAAUGUAACAUUCAUACAACAUCCUAGGUACUCUAAUCCAACAUACAGGGAAGAAGCUGUUUCUCUUGAUAUGAAUCUGAAUUGCUGCAAGCCAGAGCUAUUUGGAACAACUAGUUUGUGUCCUAUAAAUGGUAAAAUUGUAACACCUCAUGAAUUUCGUUGGACAGAUGCAAAAUGGCCCUGGUCAUAAACUGCUACAAGGGUCGCAGUCGGGUCGGAGGGUCGGAGUCUGUCUCUAACUUGGAUUCGGAUCGUGAAGACGGAGUUGGAGUCGGAUAAUCUUUUCCUCGGACUCGAAUCGGAUUAUUUUCCUCGAAUCGAGUCAGACUAGGGUCGGAUUCGGAUUGAAUUGAUAUCCCUAAGUAUUAUUUAUGCUAUGUAUUUAUUCUACAGUGGUAGACAUUAUUUCAACACAAGUGGAUCAAUCUUUUAUUGCAUUUAAUAAGCUGAAAUAUGGCUAAAAGUAAUUAAUUAGGUUGAAUUUUAAUUAAUGUGUAAGCUGAGAUGAAUUUUAAACUUAGUUUUUACGUAAUAGAUAUUUACAUGUUGAUGACCCUUUGAUGA